AUUUUUUCAAUCAGAUCAACCACGACAAAAAAAAAGUUUCAAUUUUUUUGUUUUGAUUUUUGAUUUAACCCAUUUUUAAAUAACCGGCAUAAACGAACCAACGACCGACCGGAUACAUCAUUUUUUUUCAUCUUUGAAAUAUUUUUUUUUUCAUGUGCCAUCAACUUAUUCAUUGGUUUUUAUUUCAAUGUUGUGAAUUUAUGAGCUUUCGUUUUUUUUUAUAAUUUGAAACUCUUUUUUCAAUAAUGACAUUUCAUGUUGCACCAUUUUUACCGGCCAUGGUACCAUUGGCCACAUUUUUAUGGAUACGUGCUGCAGACCAUUCAUCAUUUGUAUCACGUAAUACUUGGGAUCCAGAAUAUGACUAUAUUGUUGUCGGUGCUGGUUCAGCCGGUGCCGUGGUUGCCAACCGUCUUUCUGAAGAUCAUCUGAAUAAAGUAUUAUUAAUUGAAGCCGGUGGUUCAGAGAAUGUAUUUAGUGAUAUACCAUUAGCUGCGGCUAAUCUACAAAUGACACCCAUUGAUUGGGCUUAUCAAACUGAACCACAACAAGCAUCAUGUUUUGGUUUCAUUAAUAGGCGAAGUAGAUGGCCACGUGGUCGUGUAAUGGGCGGUUCAUCUGUUCUAAAUUAUAUGCUCUAUGUUCGUGGUAAUCGCCGUGAUUAUGAUCAAUGGGAAGAGAAUGGUGCAUUUGGUUGGAGCUGGCAAGAUGUAUUGCCUUAUUUUAUUAAAUCAGAAGAUAAUCGUGAUCCUUUAAUUGCGGCCAAUGGUUAUCAUGGUGUCGGUGGUUAUCUAACAGUAUCAAGUCCAUCGGAUAUUACACCGAUAUCUCUUGCAUUUCCUGAAGCCGGUAAAUACCUUGGGUAUCCGAAUCCCGAUAUCAAUGGACCAACGCAAACUGGAUUCGUUAUACCACAAGGUACAAUACGUCGUGGUGCACGUUGUUCAACGGCCAAAGCAUUUUUAUCAUCCAUUCGUGAUCGUUCCAAUUUACAUGUUUUAACGUUUGCCUAUGUAACGCGUGUAUUGUUCAAUGAAAAUCGUCGUGCUAUCGGUGUACAAUUCGAUCGAUUCGCCCUAUCACAUAUGGUAAUGGCACGUAAAGAAAUUGUCAUUUCUGCUGGUUCGGUCAACACUCCACAAUUGCUUAUGUUAUCCGGUGUCGGCCCUAAAGAUCAUCUACAAGCCCUUGGUAUACCAGUUAUUGCUGAUCUUCCUGUUGGUGAAAAUCUUCAAGAUCACAUCUACCCAGGUGGUAUUCAUUUUAGAGUGGAUGAAAAAUAUUCAUUUGUACAACGACGUGUCGUUACUAUUCCGAAUCUUUUGUCUUAUUUUGCUUCCGGUCGUGGUCCAUUGACUGCAUUGGGCGGUGUUGAAGGUCUUGGUUUUAUUAAUACAAAAUUUGCCAACAAAUCAGCUGACUAUCCAGAUUUUGAAAUUCAUCUAAUAACCGGUGGUCCUUCAUCGGAUGAUGGCCAAACAUUUCGUCGUGUACAAGGCCUCACGAGACAAUUAUGGCGACAAGUUUAUCAGCCUUAUAUAACAUCGGAUACAUUUUCAGUAUAUCCGGUAAUGUUGAGACCUGAAAGUGUUGGCUACAUAAAACUUCGAUCAUCAAAUCCAUAUGAUCCACCAAUAAUCGAUCCAAAAUAUCUGACACAUCCACGUGACAUUCUAAAAAUGGUUGAUGCAAUGAAAAUAUCGAUCGCUGUCGGUUUGACACCUGCAUAUCAGGAGAUGAAUGCUCGAUUAUUUGAAACAGUAUUUCCCGGUUGUGAACAUUAUAAAAUGUGGAGUGAUGAAUAUCUAGCAUGUGUAGCAAGAACUUAUACGGCCACAAUUUAUCAUCCAGUUGGCACAGCUAAAAUGGGUGCACCAUGGGAUCCAACAGCGGUUGUUGAUCCUGAACUUCGUGUACUUGGUGGUAUCACCGGACUUCGUAUUGCUGAUGGUUCCAUAAUGCCAAGUAUUGUAUCAGGCAAUACGAAUGCGCCAAUCAUUAUGAUUGGCGAAAAAGCAGCUGAUCUAAUCAAAGGUAUUAAUCUACCGAAAUAUAAUCAUGAAAAGAAAAUGACGAAAAUUAAUUCAUAAGAAAAAAAUCUCAUCCACCCGAUUUGAUCAACUAAAAACAAAAAAAAAAAAAAAAAAAUUCAAAAGUGCCAUUCAUCCAACAUUCAUCGUGGUUUAAUUUUUGUUUCCUUUAUUUUUUAUUUCUUUUUUGAAUUUAAGUUAUUAACUCUGCUCUGCUUUUUUUUCGUGUUUGUUUUGGAAAACCUCGAAUCUUUACAUCUUGGUUUU